CCGGCUCCGGGCCCGCCGCGCUGCGCGGGGCGCGGCCGCUCCGGCCCGGGGCCGCUCCGCCGCCGUGGGGCUGAGCACGGCAGAUGCGCCGAGUCCACCCGAAAGCACCGUGGGUGAGAGCUGCCGGGCCGGUGGCCGCCUGACGAAGGCAGUGCAGCACCAUGCCCGCGGCACCGCGGGUCCUCCUCCCCUCGGGGACCAUGUGGCUGCUGCUGCAGAGCCUCCUCCUCCUGGCCUCCUGCCUCCGCUCAGCCACAGCCUUCCCUAAGGGCUGCUACCCCUCGGAAGAGGAGGGGCUGAAGACCUUCCGCUGCAGCAACGCUCGCCUGACCGAGGUCCCCAGGGACAUUCCCAACGACACCAACAAGCUCUACCUGGACUCCAACCGGAUCCCUUUCCUGCCCCGCGACGCCUUCCAGGACCUGCCGCUCCUGCUGGAGCUGGAUCUGUCCAACAACGCCAUCGCCGGCGUCGAGACCGGGGCUUUCCGGGGCCUGGCAGACCACCUGCACUCUCUGGAUUUGUCUUCUAACAGGUUGGUGUCGGUCAGCAAGGACGCCUUUAGCAACUUGAAAGCCAAGGUCAACCUCUCCAACAACCCCUGGCUGUGCGACUGUCGGCUGCAGGAGCUGAUCCGCACGGUGGAUCUGGUGGCGGGUUCCUCGGGUGGCAUCGUCUGUGACACCUCCACGCAGGAGGAGCACGUGGGCAAAGCCUUCCUGCAGGUCAUCGCCGACACGGACUUGUGCAACGUGUACAAAAAGACCACGGACAUUGCCAUGCUGGUCACCAUGUUCGGCUGGUUCGCCAUGGUGAUCUCUUACCUGGUCUACUACGUGCGGCAGAACCAAGAGGACGCCCGGCGGCACCUGGAGUACCUCAAAUCCCUGCCCAGCAAGCAGCGGAGAUCGGAGGAGUCGUCCACCAUCAGCACCGUGGUGUGAGGCACCCGCGGCCCGCAGGGUGGGUGGCUCUGCCCAGGAACAGCGGCGGAUUUGGUCUGUUCUCCUCGGGGAAGCGGCGCUGUGGCUGGUGAGGUGGUUCCUGGCAGUGGGCACAGAGCAGAUGUGGCAGCCACAGCCUCACAAAGGACUGGAGAGACCCCCUCAGCACCCCCCGGCACGCGGCCGAUGGUCCUCCCGCCCUGGACUUUCAGACUCGGUUUAAAACUUUUCAGUUUCCUUUGCAGAGAUCCCUUGGGGCAUCAAGGAAAUCAGUGGGUUAAUCCCUCCCCAGUUUACCCUCAGCUGCCUGGGGGAUGUUCCUGGCAGUGCCGGGCAGCCUGGGCCUGGCUCCCUGCCUGGGUGGGCAGCGCUGGGCUGUGGGGAGGAGCGGUACAGCCACGAGGCCAGUGCCCUGCAGGGUCACUGGCCUCCCAGAGGGUCAUGGGCUGUGACUGCAGCUUGGUGAGACCAAAGGAUGGGCCAGGAGAUGGGGACACGAUAGUUGGGAAAGGCAAGAGGCAGGUCCAGGCGUGCCCUUCUCCGGCUCCUGUGCCAGGUGACGCUGCCCUGUCUCCUGUCUCAGCCCUUGCUGCCCCCCGCUCAUCUCCUGGCACCCCUAGGCCAGGUGGAGCGAGGAGCAAGGGAGCUGGGCUGGGAGUGGGGUGGCUGGCAGGACCCUCAGCACCUUCCCCCUCAGGGCAGCGAGUUUUUAGAAGCAGCAAAUAGCAAAUGGGCUGCCCUGGGGCUGAGCCCCUGGGGACCAGCACAGCACAUGGGUACCAAUGGAGGGGAACCAGCCCUGCUGGGAUGUCAGGGGGAGUGGGUUUCCUCUUGAUGCUCCCCUGGGAUCCCAUGGGUGGGUGUUUGCAGGCGGGUGGCACCUGGGACCAGCCCUUUCUGACCUGGAGGAGAGCUCCCACCUGUCUCAAGGACUGACAAGCUGCCGACCGGUCACUGUGACAGCAAAUGGGGAUAGAGGGAGCCACCACAGCUCCUCAGCCUUCUUCCCACUCCCACGCCACUGUCAGGAGCCUGAAUCUCCCCUAAAAUACCCUAACGUACCUUCUUGACAUUUCUAGUAUUGGGCUGCAGGUUCCUGGUGUUAGUAGAUGGAGGUGAGGUAGGGGGGUGGGGGGUGUCAAGGAUGGGGGUCGGUGCCCACUUUUGGGCAUGCAGGGUCCAAACAGUGACCCAGAGCAAAGCCAGAGCAGCCCCAGUUGAGUCCCAGCCCCCGAGGGAGCUGGUUUGGCUGAUUUUGCCCUUUUUAAAAAACAACUGCAGCUAAAUUGCCUUAAUUCAUCAAGAGCACCAACCAAAGCUGCUUGAGCAUCCUCUGUGCCAGGCCAGACCAGGCUCCGGCCGCCCUGGCUCAGCGGGGGCUCGUUGCCAGGUCUGGCCUUAGACCCCGGUGUGGGCAGGAGCUGUGGGACGGAGCUGGCGGGAACGGUGCCCGUGCCCUACAACAAGUGCCUACCUUCCCAGCACAGCCCAGGGGCUUUGCCACGCACAAGAACCUCAGCUCCAACUCCUGGGCCCGCAGCCCCACGGCAGCUCCCCACACCAUCCAACUGGCUGCAGAGAAAAGGGGCCCCUGGGCCACUGCCAGUGGCUGCACCUCAGCCCCGGGUGCUGUUCCCUUGUGGGUGACCCCCACUCGCGCCCGCAGGGAUGCCUGGGACCAUCUGACCCCCCUGUGUGUUUUGUUCAAGGGACCUUUUACGUUCUUACUUUAUAUAACAAUAAAGUUGACUUUUACUUUA